AUGUUAAUUAUAGAUAAAAUUAUAGCUAUAUGGUAAAGCAUCACUUUUGGAACCAAAUUUGUUUUAAUAACAAGCACAAUUUGCUGCAUUCUUGAUUUACUGACAAAUGAUUCAUUAUUUGAUAUAUUUGUAGACAUCCCAAAUAAAGCUAUAUAUUAAUUCGAAUUAUGGAGAUUACUCAUUCCAUAAUUCUUUCAUGGUAAGCUUAAAAUCCAAUAAAAAUAGGCGAUAUCUAUAAUAUUACAAUAAGUUUACUUGGAUUUCUGUUUUGUGCUAUUGAAGUUGAAAAAAGUUAUGGUACCAUACCAUUCUUUUGUGACAUAUUCUUUAAGAAUCUGAUCAUACAAGUAUAAAAAAUCAUAAUUAGAUUAUUUAUGUUUUGCUAUGCUUUUCGCUUUCAUAUUUAACUUUGGAGGUCCUUGAUACUGAGUCGUUUGGCUUUUGGAAUAUCACAUUUAUUUACAUGAUGAAUAAGUAUAGUCAGACUUAUAACUUUAGAGCAUUAAGUGAUUAGGAUGAGCCUUAAAAGUUCCUGUGCUUUCCAUUUUCUCUUCAAUCAAAAUAUUAUCCACCUGCUUUCUUCUUGAUCAUGAAUAUAAUUGAAUUUCCUAGAUUAGAUCUAAUAGCAGCAGCAUUUUUUGCUCUUAUCGAAUACCAAUUAUUUGAUGGUUUCAUGAUGAAAUUAUCUAAGGUAACUUAUUAAAUUAUAAUAUAAGGGGUUUGUUACAAAGAUAGAAUAUUCCUUCCCAUUUAAAUUCUUCUAAUCCCGAUAAGAUUUCAUCACAUGUGAUUAAGUUAAUCAUUCAUUUGUUUUGGAUGAAGCAAAGCAAUCCUAAUACCACUUAGAAAUUGGAAGCAUUUCAACUACAGAAGCUAAAGAGUAAGAUUAACAAUAGAUUUGACACACAACAUUUAAAUAUAUAUUAUACCA